AUGGCCGAGGAUAUUGCUUUGGUGGCCAUCAAUGUGGGCAUUUGGCGGCGUCUGGCGGUGCUCUAUCCCGAUCCGGCGACCAAUUGGCGGAAGUAUGCGUUUGUGUUGCCCGUUUGCCUGAUGAAUCUGAUGCAGUUCAUCUUUUUGCUGCGCAUGUGGGGCGAUCUGCCUGCCUUCAUACUCAAUCUCUUCUUCUUUUCGGCCAUUUUCAAUGCGCUGAUGCGCACGGUGCUGGUCAUGUGCAAGCACUUGGCAUUCGAGAAGUUUUUAGACCAAUUGACGCAUCUCUAUCGCCAGAUCGAGGCAUCCAGCGACGAGCACAGUCGAAAUUUGUUGGCCCUGGCUGUGGCCGAAUCUCGUCGCCUGGCCAUAUUCAAUUUGACGGCCUCGUUUCUGGACAUUCUGGGCGCACUAAUCUUUGCUUUGUUUCUGGAGCAACGCACCCAUCCCUUUGGCAUUGCCUUGCCGGGCGUGGAUAUGCAACGCACACCCUUCUACCAGAUAUUCUAUGUGCUGCAGGUGCCCACACCCGUGGUGCUCUCUACGAUGUAUAUGCCUUUUGUCAGUCUAUUUGCGGCCUUUGCGCUCUUUGGCAAGGCUUUGCUGCAGAUAUUGGCCCACAAGUUGUCACGCAUCGGCCAGCUGCCGGAGGAGGAGCAACGUUAUCAAAUGUUGAUUGCUUGCAUACGAUUGCAUAUUACCAUUGCCAGCUAUGUGCGCAAUUUUACAACACUGGUCACCUACAUAAUUGGCGCCGAGGCUCUAAUCUUUGGCGGCAUUAUCUCGUCGCUGCUUUUCUGCUUGAAUAUAAUCACCUCGGUAACGCAGAUGAUCUCAAUAGUGAUGUACAUCUUAACCAUGCUCUAUGUGCUCUACACCUAUUACAAUCGUGCCAACGAGUUGGUUAUUGAGAGCGCGCACGUCUCGCAGGCUGUUUACAAUGUGCCCUGGCUGGAGUGCGGCAUGCGUUUUCGGAAAACCCUUCUGAUCUUUUUAAUGCAAACGCAAAGGCCUUUGGUGAUAAAGGCGGGCAACGUUUACCCCAUGACUUUGGCCAUGUUUCAGAGCUUGCUGAAUGCAUCCUAUUCGUAUUUUACCAUGUUGCGUGGCGUGACCAACAAAUGA